CGAAGUCCAAAGAGAACUUUAUCAAAAAUGAGUUGAGGCUGAGCACUGCAGUUCAAGAUUGUGAACCAACUAUAAUUAUUAUACCUUGACUUGUCUUGGCUGAGUUUGAUUCUCUUAGUGCACAUUGUCAUUAGUAAUAGUACUGUAGCAACCUUGCUCGCACAGCAAGCUCUACUUUCAACAACACUCAGUCAACAGGCCGAGAAAAAAAGCGGUUCAUCUAGUUUGCGAUCAUCUAGUGUGUGAUCGUAUCUGCUGGCGAAACUAGCCACGACUCGAGAGUGGUUCAUCGGUUUACUCCAAUUUGAUUAACCCCAGCAGCCAAUGUUAGCUUGAACUCCCCUAGAGUUUGUUGGGAUGUCUGAUCACUCAGAUUUGGAUCGGCAAAUUGAGUGUCUGCGUAAAUGCGAGAUCAUCACAGAGUCUGAAGUGAAGUCACUAUGCUACAAAGCUAGGGAAAUACUGAUAGAGGAGAGCAAUGUGCAGUGUAUUGAUACUCCUGUGACAGUAUGCGGUGACAUUCACGGGCAGUUUUACGACCUAAGAGAACUGUUCAAGGUCGGCGGGGAAGUUCCGGAUACGAAUUAUUUGUUCCUGGGCGACUUCGUUGAUCGGGGAUUUUUCAGCGUGGAGACGUUUCUCCUCCUCUUGGCACUGAAGGUUCGCUAUCCAGACAGAAUAACGUUGGUCCGGGGCAACCAUGAAAGUCGGCAAAUCACGCAAGUAUAUGGUUUCUAUGAAGAAUGCCAGCGGAAAUAUGGUUCCGUCAACGUAUGGCGCUACUGCACGGAAGUGUUUGACUACCUCAGUCUCUCCGCAAUCAUUGAUGGAAAGAUAUUCUGCGUACACGGAGGUCUUUCCCCGUCGAUUCAAACUCUCGACCAGAUUCGCACUAUUAAUCGCAAACAAGAAGUACCGCACGACGGCCCAAUGUGCGACCUGCUGUGGUCCGACCCGGACGAGAAGCAGGGCUCCUGGGAGAAAAGUCCGAGAGGCGCUGGCUUUCUUUUCGGUCGUGAUGUUGUCACUGACUUCAACGCCGCAAACAACAUUGACAUGAUGUGCCGGGCACAUCAGCUGGUCAUGGAGGGUUUCAAAUGGCACUUCAACCAGACUGUACUCACCGUCUGGAGCGCGCCCAACUACUGCUAUAGAUGUGGUAACAUUGCUGCUAUUUUCCAGCUAGACGAAAACGGCCAGAACGAAUUCCUCAUUUUCGAAGCAGCGCCGCAGGAAGCAAGAGGUCUACCGAAGAAGAAACCGCAGGCGCAGUACUUCCUAUGACGACUUCUGGUUGCUAGCUCUGUCCUUAAGCUAUCCCGGAGACUGUGUCCCCGUCCGUCACGCAUCGCCCUCCCGCUCACGCCACCACUGCGGCCGCCUAAUGAUGUCGGUGUGUGCUGUUAGUACUGCGUGUGUCGGCGUGUGUUAGAGAGCUCCUCCUCGGCAUGCUGUGUACGGCCAAGUGUUGCCAUGUUCGUCGCCGAACACCUAAUGCAUCAUGACCUCCGAGCAGACCUGGCGAUGACGACUAAAACAACUUUGCCGGCCGCCGUUUGGCCGCUGUGUUUUGCGGCCAAGAUUCACCCGCCGCCGGCUCCGUACGCCGCUGAGUGGCCGUCUGUUGUCCCCUGCUGUCGCCGACACUGUUGACAAUGUCCUCGUUCUCGGCGUGCUUCUGCGGGGUGCAUCUCGGCGUGUAGUUGCUCGUGUUCGUUUUGAGUGUGUGCUCUGCCUGGAUGUCCGUCACUGUGUCACUUAGCUGCACCUUCAGCCAUACGGCACAUUCCCUGGGCGUCCCGCGAGCACCAGCUAAAUACCAGUGUGCCUGGCCGUAUGUGACAAUGUUCGUACGGUUUCCUGCUGGCUGGCCGGCGUCACAAUGCGCGUUGACUUGCUUCUACCUCUGCUCCUGGCUGGCCGGCAUUCCUCGUUGCACGCGUGUGUUUGUGUGUGUGCGCGGGUGUGUGUGUGUGUGCUGUGGACUGCUUGCUGUUUGCAUGGUUGAAUGUGCCAUGCACAACAGACAAUAGACUUGCAGCUGUGCUGAUAACCUGCUCCUAGCUCAUGCCGUGUACGUAUGUAUAAUUAUAACGGUGUGCGUGGGCAACUCACCUCUUGCUUUGCUUUGUUUUUCAUUCGCCAGCCUCGUUCAGCUGGGACUGUUUCUCUUCGUUUUAGGACCAGCAGCUUUCCGUGUCUUACCUCUCGUGGGCUCCGUCUUUCAUUUCAUUUUUUAAUGGAAAAGUCUGUGUGUGUGUGUGUGUGUGUGUGUGUGUGAGUUGGGGACUUUGCCCACACGUCUGCAGUAUAGGCUGAACGGCGUAUAAACACACCAACAAUUUAAUUGUCUUGAUUUCAGUAUCGUUACUGGCAUCCUGUCCCUCGGCCUUGCCUUCAUUGAGCCCUUUUUUUGGUUUCUUCAUUCCGCUGUCUUUAUUAAUUGGUCGCUGGAGUUUAGCAUGAUUGUUCUGUUGUCCAGCCUAGGUAUGUUGUUGCUGCCGCUGUUGUCACGGUAAUGAUGGUUGCUCUUGAGCUCUGCUAGACAUGCAUUUGCCUGUGCAGUACAACAAGUACCGUAUCUUUGA